UUCAAAAAUCUCUCCAGAUCCCUCCACUGUGUGUUGUGUGUGUGUUUUUCAAUUUUCCCUCUCUUUUUCUUCUCACACACCAGCAAUGGAGGAUUUGCAGUCGUGGCUAGCGAAUGACAUCAGUUACAACUCGAAUUCAUUAGUAUUCUCUAAUUCGUCGCCGUCGCUGUCGUCUUCCUCAGCCACAACGCGCAGCGCACCAACGCUGUGUGAGGAUUCGAGCUUCAACAGCGUCAGAUCGAGCUCCUCCGCGCUCACAUACUACAGCUACCAAACCGCCGCGAAGCCGUCGGUUUCGCACUCCUGCAUUGCGUCGAUCAAGGCGACGGCGGCGCAGAUCAGCUGCCUCGCGGUGCACGGCGGCCUGCUCUACGCCGCGACGAUGAAUGAGAUCGACGUCUUCGAUCUCGCCACGCUCUCUCUCGUCGAGGCGUUCGGGUCGGGCUCGGGCUGGGCCAAAUCAAUCGCCUUCACCGGCGGCAAAAUCUUCACCGCGCACCAGGAUUGCAAAAUUAGGGUUUGGACGCCUCCAAUUUCCCCCAAAUUGAAAAAUCACCAAUUGAUUUCAACGCUCCCGACGCUGAGAGACCGAUUCCUCAACUGCCUAUCAUCGAAAAACUACGUCAAAAUCCGCCGCCACAAGCAGAAUUUAUGGAUCCAGCACGCCGACGCCGUCUCCGGACUCGCCGUCGACGGCGAUCGCGGCGAGCUCUACUCGAUCUCAUGGGAUAAGAGCUUCAAAACGUGGAAAACAUCUUCCGAUAUGCAAUGCAUUGACUCCGUCGGCUCAGCGCAUUCAGACGCCGUGAACUCCGUCGCCUCCUCCGGCGGAACCGUCUACACCGGCUCCGCCGACGGGAAGAUCAAGGUGUGGAGAGCCUCCGCCUCCGGCGACAGGAGAAAGCGGAGCUUGAAGACAACGCUUUCGAAGCACGAUUCGAGCGUUAAUGCUCUCGCGCUGACGCCGGAUGCGGCGGGGUUGGCCUCCGGCGGCGGCGACGGAGUGAUUCUGGUUUGGGAGAGGAGAGACGACGGCGGCGACGAUGAAGAGAUGGAUUUCUUUGUUGCUUGCUGCUUGAAAGGGCAUAAAGGGGCGGUGUUGAGCUUGGUUUGUGUGAGUGAUGUUUUGAUCAGUGGAUCUGCGGAUAGGAGUGUGAGGAUCUGGAAAUAUGGGAAGGGAUUUGGAUACAGAGGUUGCUGUGUGGCGGUGAUGGAAGGGCAUUGUAAGCCGGUGAAAUCAGUGGUUGCGGUUGAAGAUGAAGAUUUGGAUGAUCAAAGGUUUUCAGUUAUCAGUGGAAGUUUGGAUGGGGAAAUUAGGGUUUGGAAAGUUGUAAUUUCUGAUCACUACAGUGAUUGAUUUUUUUUCUUUUCCAACCAGAUUCUUUUUUAGUAAUAAUAUUAUUAUUUCUUAUUUAUUCCAAGUGUGGGAUUUAUACACAUUUUCCCCGUAUGUGUUUGCAGGUUACGAGGCAGAAGCAAAAUUUAUUUUCGAUGG